AUGGAAGCCGGCUGUGGCUCAACGUGCCCAGUUCCAGGCGGAUUUUACAGCUAUAGCCCAAAUGUCGGUGGCAACGUGGUGCUACUUGCAUUCUACGCCCUCUCUUUGCCCGCCGCCCUGUAUAUUGGGAUAAGAUCAAACACUCCUAUCUUUUCAGCAACGCUGGCCACAGGGCUCUUCCUGAGCAUUGUUGGCUUUCUCGGCCGAAUCUUGCUUCAUCAAAGUCCCGACAGCCCUGUAUACUUCUUGCUGUCCUUGUUGGGCACAGUAUUAGGUCCAUCAACAGUCUCAGUGUCGAUCCUCGUCGUCUUCCCUCAUAUCCUCAGUGUCUAUGGAGAGCGUCUUAGUCCGUUCAAGCCUAUGCUCGCUGAAUUGGGUCUUUAUACCUUGAUUGCCAUUGCGAUCGGCGUUGAGAUGGUUGGCAUUGUGUUCAUCUCAUAUGGUUUUAAUGGAGUCACAAGAACCAAAAGCGCCUCCAUUCUGGUUGCUGGCCUGAGUGUACAGGCCGCGGCACUACUAACCGGCGCUGCGGUCUACUUCUCUUUCGUCUUAACCCUCAGUUCUGGGCAUGGUGUCCCAGAUGAUAGGCACUCGAAUGUGUAUACUGCACCGCGAUUUGGAAGAUUUCUUAGAGGCCUCGAGAUUUCCACGACUCUGCUACUUGCGUACUCGAUCUAUCGAAUAGUCGAGUUUGCUGGCGGCGUAGAUAGUGGGUUGUUUCAAAACGAGGCGGCCUUUAUGGUUAUGGACGGCGCCCUACCUUUGGCAUCUGGGAUGCUCUUGACGGCAUUGCAUCCUGGCGCUGCUUUCGGGGCAGUCUGGAAACAGACGUCACCUCGCCAAUAUAAACGACCGAGCCUGUUGCCUCUUCAUGAAGGGGAGCCUCGGCAUAGCUAUACCACCCACCACGCUUACGAUCCCAAUAUCCGAAAACAAUUUUGCCCCAAGUCCGCCGUCUCGCAACGAACGGCUACCAGUUCUCACUCGACAGAUAUUCACCAUGGGUCUCCAGGUCUUCCAUCGAAUCCAAGACCCAGCCAGAAACCCCCAAGUCCAAUGAUACCAUCUCCAAUGUCUACGGUGGCUACGAACAAGCGGUUUAGCGAGAGAUCCGAAAGAAGAGUCAAGGCACAGCAAGACAUGGUGGACACUGAUGCUUUGUGGUAG